UAAGGCUCAACCUCCAGUUGACCCACCUUGACUGAGGAAUAUAAAUUUCAGGUUUGGCAGCUUGCGGACACCAAAGUUCAGAGCCAUCCUGAACAUCUCCACACACUGAGACAAAAUGGAGCCAAAGAUCUCACUCUCCAUUCAGCUGCUGCUGGUUGGAAUGUCCUUGGCGGCUCCAGUUGGGGAGUACGACAGUUCAAAUGGAAUUGAAAUGCCUCAAAAUGUGGACAUCACAACAAUGUUAGUGGAGACCAACAAGGGAUCUUCCAAACGCCUAAUUGAAGGAGAUUUGCUGUAUCCCGAAACCCGAAAUGCUCUCAUCUGCGGUAACAACAACUGUUUCUGGAAGAAAAACUCUAGCAACUUUGUGGAGGUCCCUUACAUAGUGAGCAGCGAAUACUCCGCUACUGAAAUCUCAGUUAUUCAGAAAGCAAUGUCCGGAAUUCACAAUAAAACAUGCAUUCGUUUUGUGCCUCGAAUAAGCCAGACUGACUACAUCAGUAUUGAGAACAAAGAUGGAUGCUUUGCUUUUAUUGGUAAAAUCGGCGGCAAACAGUUGGUCUCCCUUAAAAAAAAGGGUUGCGUGUAUCAUGGCAUCGUACAGCAUGAGCUCAAUCAUGCCCUCGGCUUCUUCCACGAACAUGUCAGGAGCGACCGUGACAAUUAUAUUAAGAUCCACUGGGAGUACAUCCCAACUAAUGAGAUCAGAAACUUCAUGAAAAAAAACACCAACAAUCAAAACACCACAUAUGAUUAUGGCUCCGUCAUGCACUAUGGAAGAAUGGCCUUCACCACAGUGCCAGGCAAGGCAACCAUGACUCCAUUUCCUGAUGAAACGGUGCCGAUCGGACAGGCCAAGGAAAUGUCUAACACUGAUAUCCUGAGGAUCAACAAGAUGUAUAGGUGUUAUGUUUAA